AGAAAGAGAGAGAGAGAGAGAGAGAAGAGCAACGCUAACGGCAAAUCGAGAUGCUCAAGUUCAUCAGGGGGAAGGGCCAGCAGCCCACGGCCGAGCGGCAGAAGCUGCAGAAGGACCUCUUCGCUUUUCGAAAGACAGUGCAGCAUGGUUUCCCGAACAAACCAACCGCUCUCGCUUGGGAUCCGAGUCUGCGGCUGAUGAUCAUCGGCACGGCAUCCGGCGCCAUCAAGGUUUUCGGAAGGCCAGGCGUAGAGUUUUAUGGACAACAUUCCGUCGAAAGCGGCGAGAAUGCCGUCACGAAGAUCGUCGCGCUGCCCAAUGAGGGUCGCGUGGUAUCCUUAUGCGACGACAAUUCAUUACAUUUAUGGGAGAUUAAUGAAAGUUCUCUAGUAGAAACAAAGACGUUAUCGUUGGAAGGAAAAUUGAAGAAGAUCUCUGCAAUGUGUCUUGAAUCCAGUGGGGAACAUCUCUUGUUAGGAACGGAAGGAGGCAACAUUUAUUUACUAAACUUGAAGACUUUUGUCACCCCAGAAAAUAUUAUCUACCAAGAUGUCGUAAUGCAGAAUGUUCCGGAAGAUUACAAGAAAAAUCCAGGAGCGGUCGAAGCCAUAGCUGAGCAGCCAGGGCAUCCAGACAACAUCCUGAUUGGCUACAAUCGAGGUUUAAUGGUAUUGUGGAAUAAAGCCACUCCAGGAGCUCAGCAGCUGAUGGGUUUGUUUUCGCGUGCGCAGACAUUCGUCUCCACGCAACAGCUGGAAUCGGUCCACUGGAUUUCCGAGAAUCGUUUUGUCUCAUCGCACAACGACGGUUCGUACGCGUUUUGGAGCCCGGGUAGCGAUGCCGUGCCGGAGCCCACGACACUUUACGGACCGUUCCCGUGCAAGGCCGUCACCAAAAUUCUCGUGUACCCUACCGCGGAACACGGUGAACUCGUGCUAUUUUCCGGUGGUAUGCAACGCGCCAGUUAUGGAGACCGACAUACGAUCACUGUUAUGACCAAGGAGAAACAUUUAGUUUUUGAUUUUACAUCUAAAAUUAUCGACUUUUUCAUUGUCUUCCCUAAGGAGGAGGAAGAGAACAAUGAGAAUCCUAUCGGUCCAGAAGCGCUUAUAGUAUUGGCUGAGGAAGAAUUAGUAGCUAUCGAUUUGAACAAUCCUGAAUGGAAGAUGAUGGCUCUGCCUUACUUAGUAUCUCUACAUGCAAGCUCGGUGACUUGUUCUCAACAUGUGCCUAAUGUACCCGAGGAACUUUGGGAAGCGAUCGUAGCAGCCGGUAAAGCGCAGACUGAGCAUCUUUAUUCAGACAAGUUAUGGCCCAUCGAUGGCGGCAAUAUUCUCUGCCAAAAGCCGGCGAAUCCUGAUAAGCCUCGAAACAGAGAGUUAUUGCUUACUGGACAUGAGGACGGUACCGUCAGGUUUUGGAACGCAUCCGAUGUUGCUCUGACCCCUCUAUACAAGUACAAUUCGUCGAUUUUGUUCACUGGCGAGCAUUUGGACGUGCUUGAACAACCCCCGGAGGACGACGAAGAUGAAUGGCCACCGUUCAAAAAAGUUGGAAUCUUCGAUCCAUACUCCGAUGAUCCGCGACUCGCCGUGAAAAAAGUUCUCCUUUGCCCAUUAUCAUCAACAUUGGUAAUUGCCGGCACAGCCGGACAUAUUAUCACUGCUGUCAUCUCUUCGGAGCCGACCAAUAAAGAGAUAAAGGCCAUAACAAUGAACAUUGUCAAUGAUCGCGACGGGUUCGUGUGGAAAGGUCACGAUCAUCUGCCACCAAGAACAACGAGUAUAUCGUUUGCGGUUGGAUUUCAACCGCAGAGUCUUUUACAAUUAUAUCCACCAGCCGCCGUCACAUCGUUAGCGUUACACAGUGAAUGGGGAUUACUCGCCAGUGGCACAGCACACGGACUCGCGGUCUUUGAUUACAUCAGAUCUAAAGCUGUCAGUGUUAAAUGCACACUUAAUCCAAAUGAUCUUUCCGGUGCAGGCGACACUCCUAUCUCCCGACGAAAGUCUUUCAAAAAAUCUCUUAGGGAAUCUUUUAGAAGAUUGAGAAAGGGACGUUCGCAACGUCGGACAAACGCUAAUAGCCCUACACGAAAUACUGCACCUACAGAAAAGAAGAAAGACAGUGUUGCUUCUUCACCGAGUGGUGAUCCAUCGCCAACAGAAUUAAAACCAGUGGAAAGACAAGUGGAAGCGAGGCCUGUCGACGAUGCUUUAGGCUCUAUGGUUCGGUGCUUGUAUUUUGCCAGAAGUUAUAUUAUUAGCUUACAAAAUACAACACCCACACUUUGGGCUGGCACGAACAAUGGCACGGUUUACGUCUUCACGUUGGCUAUACCGGCUGGUGUGAGGAGAAUGGAAGAAGACGUCAAUUGUACACUGGGCAAAGAGAUACAAUUGAAGCAUCGAGCACCUGUAAUCGCGAUCACAAUCCUCGACGGAUCUAGCGUGCCGUUACCGGAACCUUACGAGGCCGAAAAGGGUGUGACGCCCGGACCCGACAUGACUUCCACGCACAGAGUUGUAAUUGCCAGCGAAGAACAAUUUAAGAUUUUCAAUCUUCCGUCCCUGAAGCCAUAUUGCAAAUACAAAUUGACCGCUCACGAAGGUUCCAGGGUACGAAAAACAGGUUUUGCCAAAUUCUCGUGUCAAGUCGAACCCGUGGGAACUCACGAAGAAACUUGCUUGCUUUGUCUAACGAAUCUUGGUGAUUGUUUGGUGCUGAGUAUACCGGAAUUGAGAAGACAGUUGAAUGCCGCUGCGAUCAAGAGAGAGGACAUUAAUGGUAUUUCUUCUUUAAUAUUUACGAAAGCCGGAGAAGCGCUAUAUCUUCACUCGAGUUCAGAACUUCAACGAAUUUCCUUGUCCACCGCGAAAAUGACGAAGGCGCAUUGUGCGCUCAAUUUACCACCACAUGCUAGAUCGUUCACGGAAAAUACUAAUGAAGUCGCGCAAGAGCAAGGUGUUGUCGAGGGUGAACCUCAAAUCGAAGGGGAGACGCAGGGAAGUCAACCACCGACAGCCGCGAACAGAGUUAUCACAGAAAAUGGCGUAGUGGGUACCACUGGAGAGGAAGAAUCUCCGAAGGAACCAUCACUGCGACCGGCUACAAGUAGUGUAGAUGUAAAUGGAGAAGACGACCGUCAGGAUUUAAGUUCUAUCGGAGAUAUUACGAUCGACAGUGUUAAAGAUCAUUUGCUUAACAGUCCACUUUUCAGAAACGCGACGUCUUCCGAAGAGCUUCACAAUCGUUUGGCAGGACUUAAGAUGGAGGUGACUUCACGAACUUCCGAGAUAGCCACUCAAAAUCAAUCACUAGUGGUGAAAACGACCACUGUAGUUACGCAAACCACGAAUAGUACGACCGCUAAUGGCGAAGUCGAGACGAGUCAGGCGAAUGAAACGCAACACGUAAACAGCACUACAGUAGAGCGAGAGAUAUGCAGCGGUAUCGAAACAACAACGACACACGCUACCAUCACUCUGCCCCCAAACGUCGAGAUUAAUGCGGCGGAUUUGGCCAAUUUAGAGGUCACUACGACUACAGUAACUACCACUACAGAAAGGUCCAAGGCGCCGUUAGCUAGGCCAGAGGAGGUUGGAUCGUAGACCUGCUCCAUAUCGGUUCUCCAUGCUGACCAUGCAUCAAUUUUGCGCUCUACAGAACCAUCAAUAAUUAAUUACUCUUACUGAAUAAACUGUACACAGCGACGAUAUAGAUAGGAUUUAUAUAUCGUAGAUUUUUUAAGAAAUAUUUAGAUUUUUACGCAACAUUUCAGCGAUAAUCAUUCGCACCCCGCGAGCGACGAGUGAUCAAUUUUUAAUACAAACUUUACACAUUUUAUUGACAUCUACAUCAUUGUAUUCUAUUUAAAAGUAUUCCAAAUGGAUAACUUUUGGAAUUGACAGGGAAUCAAUGAUUUUUAACGAAAGUGGGCCUAAAAAUGUUUUAUUUAUCAUAUAAUAUAAGAAAUAUAAAUCCUCUUAUAUGAUCUUUUUUACAGAAAAAUUUUUUUUUAAUUUUAUUAAUAAAUGGAAAUAAGAUGAUUUUGAAAGAGUAUCAUAUCAAAAUAUCCAAAAUUAUAGAAUAAAUUUAAAGAUUUUUGACACGAGGUUUGGUCUAUUGUUUUACAUGGCUGACUUUAAUUUGUUCAUUAAUUUAAUAAUGAAUCUGAUGCAUGUUGUAUAACAAUAUAAUUAUAGGAUUUAAAAAAUUAUAGUUUACCAAGAGAUAGACGAAACAUCACAAACCUUGAAUUAAGGCAGCCUUAAAUGUACUGUUAUUUUAUAUAUUUUUAAUUAUUAAAGACAUGCGACAUCCGCAGUAUCUGCAGUAUUUGAAAGUUUCGAGCAUCUUGUUAUAGUUUUUUGUGAGCAGAAGUGUGAUGCGAUAUAAAGAUGCUUCAAACAACAAAAACGUAGCUACUUAAAAUAGAGUUAUAUAUUUAACGAACAAGUAAGGAGAUUAAGCGUGGCAAAUUCGAGGAAAAACGUCUGUCGAUGAUCGUGAUGUAAGGAGUUUCAACACGUUAAAAAGUAUAUUUUUUAUCAAUGUUGCUUAAUCAUUAAGUUACCUCUCUUCGCGUUACCGAAGAGUGUGUCACCGAAUUUUCGAGAGAAUCCUCGAAUACUCGCGAGCGCUUAAAACUAUAUAAUACCGAUAUAGUUACUUUAUUGUUGCAUUUAUCCGUAGGUUUUUUUUUCUAGACGAAAUAGUCGCAUGGAUAGUCUUAAUGAUAGACUAUUAUUGCAAAAUACGUUUCUUGAUAUUUUAUCAAUUUUUAGAAACAUAUAUAUAUAUAUAUAUAUAUAUAUAUAUAUAUAUAUUUCAAAAGUGAAUUUCUUAGGUUUUUUUUGCGCGAAAGUACCAAUUAAAUAUCAUAUAAUUUUGAUCUCAGUAGGUAGGAUUGUCAUGAAAAUGAUAAUUCAUAUUCUAGAAACUACACUUAACCACACACAUGCGCCGAUAAUCUUAUAAUGUUAUACAAAAAUUUGAAGAAAAAUUGAAUUAAGGCAAAUUAAUAAAAAUGUGUCCUUACGUUAA